AUGCCAAGUGUACAAUGCUUUUCGAAAGAAGACAAGGAUAAAAAAGACGUGGAGAUAUCAGUAGCAGAUUACACGAGCAAAAAUAUGACGUUUCACGAUUCUGAAGGUUUGUAUGUUGGUGAGAAGCGAGAAGCAUUAUCUUCUUCUUUGUCAAUUUUCUCUUCACAAACACGUUUGAUGUUAUCUUCCUCCAUUUAUCAGCAGCAACAACGGAAGCAACAGGUAGAAAUGGUAAUAGAUCCUGAUUAUAAUGAUUAG